GGCGAGGGUGCGUGUGUGUGGGGAGGGCGCGGGGGAGACGCUGGGCGCGUCCCCGGGGUCACGUGGUGCGCAGCACGCAGAGUCCUUCUGUCGGUUGGUCCUGGAGCGGCGCCGCCGGAGCGGGGCUGUGAGGAGAAUAAAGACAGCCCCGUUGAUGACUGAAAAUGACAAAGCAUCCACCUAACAGACGAGGAAUCAGCUUUGAAGUGGGAGCCCAGUUGGAAGCCCGGGACCGAUUAAAAAACUGGUAUCCAGCUCACAUAGAAGACAUUGACUACGAAGAAGGAAAAGUACUCAUCCAUUUCAAGCGUUGGAACCAUCGUUAUGACGAGUGGUUCUGCUGGGAUAGUCCUUAUUUACGUCCAUUAGAGAAAAUACAACUACGGAAAGAGGGCUUACAUGAAGAUGAAGGAUCUUCUGAAUUUCAGAUAAAUGAGCAGGUCCUUGCUUGCUGGUCUGAUUGUCGUUUUUACCCAGCCAAAGUCACUGCUGUGAACAAGGAUGGUACUUACACUGUGAAAUUUUAUGAUGGAGUAGUUCAGACUGUCAAACAUAUUCAUGUCAAACCUUUUUCCAAAGAUCAGAAUAUUGUGGGUACUGCUAGGCCUAAAGAAACAGAUCACAAAAGUCUUUCAUCAUCUCCUGAUAAACGAGAGAAGUUUAAAGAGCAGAGAAAAGCCACGGUCAACGUGAAGAAGGACAAAGAGGACAAAGCUUUUAAAACAGAAAAGAGAACCAAGCAGCCUGAGAAAGAAGGAAAGUUAAUCUGUUCUGAAAAGGGGAAGGUUUUGGAGAAAAACCUUCCCAAGAACGAGAAAGAAGAUAAGGAGAACAUUUCAGAAAAUGACAGAGAAUAUUCUGGAGACGCUCAAGCGGAUAAAAAACCGGAAAAUGACAUUGUGAAGAGUCCACAAGAAAACUUGAGGGAGCCAAAAAGAAAACGAGGCAGACCCCCUUCCAUAGCUCCUACUGCUGUGGAUUCAAACUCUCAAACUUUGCAACCAAUAACAUUGGAAUUGAGAAGACGGAAAAUAUCAAAAGGAAGUGAAGUCCCAUUAAAACGUCCUCGACUUGACAAAAAUUCAUCCCAGGACAAGUCAAAAACCUUCCCUGAAAACACUGACAAAGAUUUGUCGAGAAGACGGUCCUCCAGGCGGUCCACUAAUGGGACCUCUGAGCUCCUGGAACCUGACUUAGUUGUAUCAGAUCUGUCUGGUACUACUCAUACAGAUCCCUUACAGAACUCAUUGUCCAGUACCAAGGAAUCUGAAGGAGGUCAUUUGAAAUCUUCUUUGGAAGCUGGCCAGGUCUCAUCUGCAUUAACGUGCCACUCCGUGGGGGAUGGAAUAAGGUCUGCAGGCUUGGAAUUGAACUGCAAGUCAAUGGGAGAAAACACUAUGAAAACAGAACCAGCGUCUCCCCUUGCUGAAUUACAAGAGGUUUCUACCGUGGCAGUAACAAACACCCUUAAGAAAACAGAUGAUUUUGUGACAUCAAAAACAUCAACUGUCGACCUAGACCACAAAUUUAGGUGCAAGGUGGUGGAUUGUUUAAAAUUUUUCCGUAAAGCCAAACUGUUGCACUAUCACAUGAAGUAUUUCCACGGAAUGGAGAAGUCCCCAGAACCUGAGGAGAGCACGGGAAAGAGGCAUGUUCAGACCAGAGGCUCUUCCUCUUCAGCCUCAGACAAGGCCAGCCAGGAGAACCUGACGAGGAAGCGGGUCUCGGCCAGUUCCCCAACUGCAAAGGACAAGGAAAAAAACAAAGAGAAGAAAUUCAAAGAAUUUGUGAGAGUGAAGCCAAAGAAGAAAAAGAAAAAGAAAAAGAAAACCAAACCUGAUUGUCCCUGCAGUGAGGAGAUCAGUGACACCUCCCAGGAACCUUCCCCACCCACGACCUUUGCUGCCACCAGGUGUGCAUCCACACAUAAGCCUGGGACACAUAUGAGCCCACAGCUCCAUGGCUCCGACUCCGGAAACCACAGAGGGAAGGGGAAGGUGUCGGAGGAGGAUAAUCUGAGCAUGUCUUCUUCUGAAAGCUUUCUCUGGAGUGAUGAGGAGUAUGGCCCAGACAUUGAUGUAACCACCAAUCCGGAUGAGGAACUGGAUGCAGACGAGCGCUACGAUUUUGAAGUGGUGCGUUGCAUCUGCGAGAUCCAGGAAGAAAAUGACUUCAUGAUUCAGUGUGAAGAGUGCCAGUGCUGGCAGCAUGGGGUCUGCAUGGGAUUACUGGAAGAAAAUGUGCCUGAGAAAUACACCUGCUAUAUUUGCCAAGACCCUCCAGGUCAGAGACCCGGCUUCAAGUACUGGUAUGACAAGGAGUGGUUGAGCAGGGGCCAUAUGCACGGCUUGGCGUUUUUAGAAGAGAACUACUCCCACCAGAAUGCCAAGAAGAUUGUAGCCACCCACCAGCUUCUCGGCGAUGUGCAGAGAGUGAUCGAGGUCCUGCAUGGCCUGCAGCUCAAGAUGAGCAUCUUGCAGAGCAGAGAACAUCCCGAUCUGCAGUUCUGGUGCCAGCCUUGGAAACAGAACUCAGGGGAGGUGUGCUCUCACUCAAAGCACCUCCACGGCCUGGAAGCCAAGUGCCCGGAGGAGGCCCCGAGCUAUCGGACUUUGAACGGAGGGCUGGCGGAGAAGCCCCUGGGCCUGGCCCUGCCACGCUCCGUGGAGGAGUCGUACAUCACCAGUGAGCACUGCUACCAGAAGCCGCGCGCCUACUACCCCGCUGUGGAGCAGAAGCUGGUGGUGGAGACCCGGGGUGCGUCCCUGGACCAGGCGGUUAGCCCCCUCCAUGAGAAUGGGGACGACUCCCUCUCCCCACGCCUCGGCUGGCCUCUUGACCAAGACCGGACUCGAGGGGACAGCGAGUCCAAACCCGGCUCUCCCAAGGUGAGGGACUACACCUCCAAGAAGGCCCUCCCGGAGGAAGCCCCUGCCCGGAAACUGCUGGACAGAGGUGGGGAGGGGCUGCGGAGCUCCCAGCACCAAUGGCAGUUCAACCUGCUGACCCAUGUGGAAUCGCUUCAGGAUGAAGUUACGCACAGGAUGGACUCCAUCGAGAAGGAGCUGGAUGUGUUGGAGAGCUGGCUGGACUACACCGGGGAGCUGGAACCCCCAGAGCCCCUGGCUCGGCUGCCACAGCUCAAGCAUUGCAUCAAGCAGCUGCUGACGGACCUGGGCAAGGUGCAGCAGAUUGCACUCUGCUGCUCAACAUGAGACGCGCCCCCCUCAGAUUCCCCCACCCCCGUGCUGGUGGGGGGCACAAUCCUGGAGCACCUGCAGGAGGAGCUUCACAUAUUUAAAUAAAACCUAGCAUGCCGAAUGCACGAGACACCAACUGACUUCAGAGAUCUGGGCAGGGGAUGAGUUGGACGUUGGACAGAGAGGCCGCUGGCUGCCGGACAGGCGAGCACUCUGAUCGCAAAGCCAACCCCGAAGGCCGCAGAGAGACUGGUAGGACCCUCCUCUUCUGCACACACCCCUGAAUGGAGAGUGGAUCUUUUUGCACAGACUUCACUUGAAAUCGUGCCACUGAUGACAAAUGGAAUGAGAGCCAAAAAAUGUCGUUGGAAGCAGUCAUGGGUUCAGCUUGCAGAUUAUUUCAUGGACCUGCCUGUCCAUGGUGGAGCACACACCAAGUCUUUGGUUUCUACCUGGUGUGGGUUUGGCAGCAAGCACCCGUUCCUCUCGCCAGCCCGCGGGCAGCCUGCGGCUUCAUUCUCCGCGGGCCACCCUGUCUUCUCCGGAGGAUUCCUUCACUUUGCAUGUCAUGGUACUGGGGAUAAGGUCUCUAGGCUUUCAACCCAGAAUUGGCUGGGUUUUUGGUUUUGUUUUUUCGGGUUUUUUUUUUUCUUUUUUUGGUAGUCAAGCCCUUGCCACCUGUGGAGGGACGAGAAUUUCACUGUACCAAGCAUCUAGGAGGAAUUCCUAACUGAGGCAGGCAGGGUCUGGUACCCGAAGACACAUUUUCUACCCACCCUGUGACAGUCUCCUGGUUCUAUUUAAUGUCCAAAAAUGGUUUCCCAAAUUUUUGAACUCUUUCACUGUAAAGAUUUGUUAUAAGAAUGUGGUUUGGGGAAUUACCUUAUUUUAUAUUGUAAACCAGAUUAUACGUGUACCGCUUCCUCCUUCCCCGAAGGCUGUGUAUGUUCAGUAGUUGCAUUUUCAGAAUGGUUUAACUGUCCUUUAACAUCUUAAAUUGUCCUAUUUGUAUUAUUUUGUGAGAACAAGGUGAUUAUGCUGCUUAAUGUCAAGGUAUAACCUCUUUGUACCUUUUGAGACAAUAUUUGCUACUCUUGCAGGUUUUACUGUUCGUGUGUAAUUGCUAUAUUGUUUUUUACCUUACUAGGCGGAGUCCAAGAAAAUGUCCUAUACUUUGAGGCGUGACCUGUUUCAUCAUUUAGUAUUCCUACCAUUAAAGGCAAAAAUCAAAGCACAGUUGUCCAUUAACACUUACAGUGGGUUUAUAGAUCUGUAAUAUUAUAAGUUGCAAAUAUUUACUAUGUAAACGUCAAGUAGUUAAUAGCCCAGUAGUGAUGACAGGAACUCCAGAAACCUUUGGAAUGAAUGGUGAGGCUUUAAGGCUCAGGUCAGUGUGGUCAAGACGUCUCUACCAAGAUCUGUUUCAGGGAAUGUUCUGUCUAGUGAUUUGUUCACCAUUUGAUACACUAUGAAUUUAGGACGUUAUCCUGCUGUAGCUUAUCCAAAGGGACUCCAUGUGGCUGUAACAUGUGAUGAAGCUGUCACAAUUCCUCUACAAAAGGCUGUUUCCUGUUGCUAACAGAGGUGUUUCUGGUGUCGGAAGAAACCCUUAAGGAGUGUGGCAUCUAUACUUGGUAUUAAUCAGCAGACAGCCACAUUAAAAAAAUUGUGACACUUGUUUGAAAAGCAGAGAAAAUGGGAUGGUUUUCUCUAGCCACAACUAUGAGGUGUGAUAACUGUUGUAAUAUAGAUUGUUAUAGAUUAUCAAUUUUUUCUGUUCUGAAAAUACAUUUGAAUAACACAUCUUGGGAAGUCAAACCUGUCAAACCUCUUUUUUUUGGCGGUGUUGGAGAUGGAACCCAGCGUCUCACACAUGCAAAAUGCGUGCUCUACCAGUGAGCUACAUCCCCUGCCCCUGGAAGCUAUAACUUUAAGAUUUUCACUUUAUCCCCCGCUCUGGAAGCUGUAACUUUAAGAUUUUUCACUUUUAUGUCUUUUUCCAAGAUGGAAGCAGAAGUGCUUUGCCAAGUGGCCAUCAUUGGAUUUAUUGUUUAAGUUUUGUAAAGGAAAUAAUCCCAUUUCACUCAUUGGGACUUCUGUCCUUAGGGAAACAGGGAAGACUUCAAGUUCUGAUAACCUCAAUGUGCUUGCCUAAUUUAAAGCCAUGUUGAGGGGCUCCAUCCCCAAUUCCUAGGUCAAGUUGAAUUAAUCCCAAGUUGGAGCACUGGAAAACUGUUAUUUGAAUAUUACUGUUACCCUUUAGAAAUAUGUACACUACCUAAGUUUUCUUUUGAGAAAAACUAUCCCUCUAUAAAACAUUGCCUUGACAAAAA